CUGCGCGGCUGCUGGGCGGUAGGUGUGUGCGGCUCGGCGCGGGUUCCCAGGAGCUCGGCUUCGCGGCCCAGCGGGCGGCCACGGGGCAGGACAGCAGCGCGCUGAGGCAGCCCCGCGCCCCGGCCAGGGCCAUGAACAGCAGAGGACUCACCAUCUGUCAGACACACUGGUCAGUCUCCUGGCAAGGCAGAGUUGGAGGCUUCUGUCCUCAGUGGUUCCUCUGGGAGAUGACAACUGUGUGAGUGCCCACCAUGGCCCACCAGAAGUGUGAGAGUUUGGGGAGCGGCACGUUGGACCACAGGGCAAGGCCACGCACUGUCCCGCACUGCCAGGAGCCCAAGAGCGAGGACAUGGAGCUGCCAUUGGAGGCCAUGUACCUGAGGGCCUGGAGCUGGCUGCCCUGUGGCCAGAGAGCCCCGUGCCUGAAGAACAGGAGUGCCACAACCACAGCCCCGAUGGGGACUCCAGCUCCAACUAUGUGAACAGCACCUCCAAGGAGAAGGACUAUGACGAGGACCUCUCUGAGGAGGAGGAGGGCAUCAAUUACUACAUCCGCUACUGCCCGAAGGACGAUGGCUACUUGGAGGGCAUGGACUGCAACGGGGAGAAGUACCUGGCCCAUGCAGCGUGCACCCCGUGGACACCAACGAGUGCCAGGAGGCCAUCAGUGGAGGAGUGGACAGGCUUGGCAGGCUGACAACCCCAGGACCACAGGGCUGAAGGCAGCCAGGACUACCUAGAGGGCUACCUGCCCAUCCUGGAGUUUGAGCCCUCCUUCCUAGAGGCCCAUGACCAGGAAGAAGAUGGCCCCCACUGUCCCAGCAAAGAGGGCUACCAGGACACUGGUGCCUCCCCCUAUUGCCUGAGGUAUGGGGACGGGGACCUGGAGGACCAGGAGGAGGACAUCGACCAGAUCGUGGCCGAGAUCAAGAUGAGCCUGAGCAUGACGAGCAUCACCGGCGCCAGUGAGGCCAGCCCUGAGCAUGGGCCUGAGCCCGAGCCUGGGGACUCUGCGGAGGCCUGCCUUCCCAGCCAAGUCACUGAACCUCCCUUCCAAGGCCAAGUACCACAGAGAUCCCCAGAGAGGCUUCAAGUCCAACACCAGGACCCCAGACGAGAGGCCGAAGUGGCUCCACGAGCAGCUGAGAGAAUAUCAUCAUCAGCACAACAGCUCUGGUAUUGGUCCAGGAGUAACUGACACCAACAGGCAAAUAAAUAAUGGUGGUGACCCUGAGAGAACUGCUUCUGCUGGCUGCCACUCACCUGACGAUGAAAACAAGCUCAGCCACCACCAUCAGGCAGCGCUCAGGAGGCAGGGAGAGGUUCAGGCUCACAAAAUCAGUGCCCUGGAGAGAGAAGUAUAUUUCACGGAGAGUGUGUCCAGGUGGCUAGAAGGUAGGAAUCUGGGCACCCCAUCAUCCUUCAACCUGGCACUUGGACAGGCUUUUAGGGGGAGUCCCUUGGGCCUCCUCUCAACCUCUCUUCUUCCAGAAGACGGCAGUUACCUCUCCGAACUCCUGCAGUGUGCCUCCCAACACGUGGAGGACUUAAAGCGGGCUCUGUCUGAUACCGCCACACGGAAAAAGGCGGCGGACAGGUGCAACGGGGAAUUAACAAAGGAGAGGGACGGCCCGAGUCUGAAACUGUGCAGGAACACGUAGGACCGGGGAAGCAGCAGCUACAGGAGUAGGCAGGCCACCUGAGACAGGAGGUUGAGAGAGUGGCAGGAGAACUCCAAACCCAGCUGGA